GGCAUCGAUGACGAUCAGUAUUGAGGGCGAAGAAGAACCCGUGCACAAAACAAUAUUCAUGUCGGAUGUUGUUGUUACGAGGAAGAGAAAUCUAUUUCGUAACCGUAAAUGGAAUAUUGUGGAUGUCAUAACACUUAUUUGGGUAUUAUUUGUCCAUUUUCUAAGGCUUUUUGCACCAUUCACAUUUACUUGGGGCGCAUUUUGGGCAGCAUUUUUGUUCCAUGUAUUGUGUGGGAUGUUCUGUAUAACUCUCUCGUAUCACCGAAAUCUAGCACACCGUAGUCUCAAGUUGCCUAAAUGGCUCGAAUACACCUUUGCGUACUUCGGGGUUCAGGCUGCUCAGGGUGUGAGAAUCACAUUCACUUACCACGUUACAUUUCUAGUAAAUUCAGCUUGUCAUAUAUGGGGAAAUCAAGUUUGGAACACCGGUGAUCUCUCCAAAAACAAUUUUUGGUGGGAGAUUGACUUCACUUGGUGGUGUAUAUUAUUUCUUGAAGCUAUCGGGUUAGCCACCAAUGUUAAGUUACCGACUAAAGCUCACAAGGUUAAGAGAUCCUUUACAUCUAGUAACAAACUCAAGUGAUUCGAUACCUUUCGUGAUAACCAUUUCUCGAAUCUGGAUACAUGCAUUACUUGUAUGGAUGCAUCUUUCUUGAUCACUAAAAUGUUCUGAAGAGUCUUGUAAUAAUUUCUAAGUGUGUAAGUGUAACUUAGAAAGGAAUCUUGUUAGUUGUUAUGUUCAGGAUUUGAGGUCAUUUUCUUUUAGAUAUUGUACUUUAU